ACGUGGUGGCGGUGAGCUGGUCUGGGCAUAUCGUCAAUUAACAUUAUUUCAUUUAUUUAGUGGAGCAACAUCCACUGAUGCUCUAAGUAUCUUCAAGUCAACAUGGAUGUCUAGGACUAUAUUCUCUGUAGCUUCGAAGCUCUGUGAUAAAAUUUGUUUGUAUGAAACCAAGUAUAUUGGAUGUGACAUUGCAUGUGUUCAUAACCUGACGCUACCAAAUUGAUUCAUUGAGUUCUCUGCUCUUUGUUUUUACAACCAACAAUCUUCAUAACUUGCACAGGCCGUCGGAUAUUGGUCUUAUUAUACGGAAAUAAACGAUUCUUUAUUUUGUAAUACUUUGGGAUAAAAGUGAUUAUUUGGAGUGAUUGUUUUAUAAACCAUUUUGACCAUCCGAUGAGACGUAAAUUGAAGUUGCAUUUGGACUUGUAAGGCCAGUUAGCCAAGCCACAGGAAGGUGUGGUCUUAUUACCAGGAUGUCUGACAGAACACCUAUCACCAAACCCUUAAGUUUGGCCUUAAAAAACAUCACAAAUAACAUAAGUUUUGGAGAAAGUCCAGCAACAUGUACAGUGAAUUCUCCUAUGACGAAUUUAGCCUUCAAUCUAAGUGGUCUUUCAACUGGAAGGGGCACACCGAAACGACGUCUAUCUUUAUCAAGUAUUAUUGAUACACCAACAUCUGAAAAGCCCACCCCUGAACGUAUGUCAUCAACUGAAUCAGGAUGUUAUAUGGACUCGCCCACCCUAGAAGCUUCACCAACGUUUGAUCAGAGAAAAAAGACGAUAGCCUUCAGACGGAUUAACUCUUUACCGUUACCAUCUCUAAGUUUAGACAGCCCUACAGAUUUCCUUGAAAAAGAUUCAUCUCGAGAUGCUGACAUUAGUCCAAUUGAACGACCACCAUUUGAUCUUGAUGACACCUGCUCACAAGACAGUGGUUUGGGUCUGGAUAGAGAGAAGGAUGAGGACUUUAUGUUUAAAGCACCGUCAGCAUUACCUAAACGUAAAAUGAAGAUUAUAAAUGAAGAUACCUGCUCACCUCAUAAAUAUUCACCUGUUAAAUCACCAUCAAAAAAACGAUCUUUCUCCGUCUCUUUUGCUAGGGAAUCACCAGAAGAGAAAACACAGUUGUCAUUUGGCAGCCCAAUUCGUCUCAAGUCAUCACCAUUAACCAGCAUGGAAGAUGAUGUAGAUGACGGAUUUCUAGAUGUCUUUGAUACAGAUUCUUUGAAGGGCGAUAGUGUAUCGAGUACCAUGGCAAGUCUCUUCAAUGCUCCAGUUAUAAAUAAAAGAAUUCCUGAAGAUGAUGGCACUCCUAUCUUGAGAAGAAAGGCAAGUCGUAGUUUAUUAUACCGUUCACAAUCAUUUGAUGUUCGUUCUCGUACAAAACGAUCACCCAGAGAAGAUGACAGUACACCCACCCAAAAUAAACGACAUCGUUUUGCUGAUCUUAUCGAACAGACCUCAUUACCCUCACCUUCACCUAUGUUUGAAAAUAAGAUGGCAGUUGCACGUAGAUUUCACCGCUGUCAAUCUGCUACUGAAGAAGUUAUUAAAUCAGCUGUAAAUAGAAUGUCCAAUGAUGUUGAUCUGAUUGGUGAUUGCUCAAAGCCUUAUUCACUCCCAAUCUUUACUUCUGGUAAGCACCAAGAUCUCAAGAGAAUAACACCAGAAACUGUGUGUCGUGUAAUUAAUAAUGAAUUUGAUGAUAUUGAAAGUUAUAGAAUCAUAGAUUGUAGAUACCCCUACGAAUACGAUGGAGGACACAUUAAGGGAGGAGAAAAUAUCUACACAAAAGAUGUUAUUCUGAGUGAAUUCUUGAAAUGUCCUAAAAGAUCAGAAAAUGCCAAUAAACGUCAUAUUGUUAUAUUUCACUGUGAAUUUUCAUCUGAGCGAGGUCCUAACUUAUUGAGGUUUUUGAGGAACAAAGAUCGUGAUUGUAACAAAGAGGAUUAUCCUAAUCUCCAUUAUCCAGAAUUAUAUUUACUAGAUGGUGGUUAUAAGGUCUUCUUUGAAUACAGCAAGGAGUAUUGUGAACCCCAGACCUACAAACAGAUGAGCCAUAAAGACCACUUAGAUGAUUUAAAGAAAUUCCGUGCAAAAUCUAAAUCAUGGAAUGGUGACAAAUCAAGAAGUGCUUUACGUCCACUGAAAUUCUAAGAACAGAAGUUGUAGAGGGUGUUGUCUCACCUUGUGCUAAUGGGAUACUUAUGUUGGGUUCAAUAUCCCAAUAUGUUGAACUAUAUUAGUUAAUGCAUAAACAACUUGCAUAAUUUAUGAACCCAUAUCUUCUUUUACUUUCGCUUUUAGUCUCCCUUUCCCUCUUUAUUUCUUAUGUUAUUGUUUUGACAUCAGUGAUUGGUCGGGUCUGCUAACCCAAGUGCUCAUUGACCAAUUGAAAUUAGUUUUAUAUUGUUGUUUUAGUUGUAUAAAUGAGUAUAGAUAUAUAAUUACAAAUAAUAUAUACAUAGCAACUGCAACUGUAUUAAAUAAUGCACGGGAAUAAUAUAUAUUAUAAUAUGAAAGUCUUUUAUACCUCUGUCUAUUCUCCCACUAUCCUUAUUUUCUUCUUUCUAUCUUUGCAAGAGUGCUAUUAUUGAAUGAAUGUAUAGUAUGCAUAUGUAAUGAAUGAGAAGAAUGAAUGAAUGAAUGAUUGUAUAUAGAUAUUUAAAUGAGAGAAUGAGAGUAUUAAUUCAUUAUUGUAGAAACAGCUGGAAAAUCAGUUUUAAUGUGCAUUUUUAAAGACUACAACAGUAUUGAAAUGGUAAUAUUUUUAUUCGGACAUCUGACAUGAUGGUCGGUCAUCUCUCCUCGAUUAUUACUGUUAUUUUUAUUUAUUGGUAGUUUUAGUCCUGUGUUAAAGGAGAUGUAUAUUAGAAUUGGGAACUGAUAUUUAUGAUAAAGCUGUCUAUAUUGUAAUGAAUUUAUUAGAAUGAGAAUCAACUUAACAAGUUGACUUUCUUGGUUUUUUGAAUGCAGGACAAACCAAACAUGAGAACAUAAAAAAAACAACAAUCCCAACCAGCUUAAAAAUAAUGUUUUUGAAUGCGGGACAAACCUGUUUUUGAAUUGAAUUGAAAAAAAAAAAAUCAAAUCCAUCUAAAUGAUUUAAU